AUAUUCUAAACAGAGAAUGCGCUAAAGAAACGUCAAAAGAUGAACAGAAUUUAUUCGGAAUGUGUUCCAAUCAACUAUCACGAACAAAGCUAAUAAUUAAGGAAAAUUACUAAAAUUUCAGAUCUGUCCUAACCGCAAACGAAAUAGUGUGUUUAUGAAGUGGUGCCGAAGUUGUUUAAUUGAUGAAAUUAUGUUAUAUAUAGGUAUAUAACAAAUAAAACAUUUAUUUUGAGUUAAAAUUUGUAAUCUAAUAUUGUUGAUUCAAACCAAGAAUGAAUAGUGUUACAAACUCUUUACAACUAAAAAACUUACCUCAUCUCCUCUGUGCAACAUGCCAAAAAAUUUUAUCCCAAUUUCCGAUAUAUUGUUACAAAGGGGGCUCUACUUGCGGUAGAUGCCCCUACCCCGAAAACGGGAUACACAACGAAGCUUACGAAAUAUUAGCCAAAAAUAUUAAAUUUCCUUGUUGCAAUAAAGAAAAUGGUUGCAAAAUCACUUUGUAUCCUCGAGAUGUGGCUCAGCAUGAAAAAAUUUGUACUUUUAAAAAAUACAAUUGCCCAGCAAUCACUACUCCACCUUGCAGUUGGAAAGGUUUCGUUGAAAAACUUCUGAAUCAUUUCGAGACUAAACACAAAAUGUUAAUACAAAACGAGGAAUUUUUCGAAAUAGAUUUCGUCAACAAUCAUAACGUAAAUUAUCUAUUUCCAUAUUCAGAAGAACUUUAUUUGGUAAAUCGAACAACCGAUUCGAAAAAACACAUGUUUUUCUGUACGGUUUCGUGCAUAGGAAAUGAUAAUUUCGAAAGAAACGCUUCGUUUAAGAUUAUUUUAGAAAACGGCAACAAAUCCACGAUGCACGAAAUCGUCGAGAAAAUUAAUAACACCGUUCAGAUUAACAAAGAAGUUAUAAAUAGUAUCUUGAACGAUCCGUUGAUAAUUUUGGCAAAAAUCGAGAUAUUUGAGGAAGAAAUUCUUAGUGAUGAAGAAAAUGAAGAUGAGGAGAUCGAAGAUAAACGUAGUCCAGAUCUCAACUAUGAACUUCUUCAAGAACUAGAAUGUAUGGUUUGUUUAGAGUACAUGGUUCCUCCGAUCUAUCAAUGUAUAAUAGGUCAUAGCAUCUGUACAGAUUGUAAAAAAAGCGUAAGUGAAUGUCCGACAUGUAGAAGCGAAUUCCAAAACACCCAGAAUUUCGCUUUGGCUCAAAUCAUCCAACACAUCAAUUACCCCUGUAAAUUCAAAAGGUGUGAUCACAUGGCUAAAGCGAAAGAUAUAAAAUUACAUGAAGCAACUUGCGUCCAUUCCUUAUACAAAUGCCCCCUCCGAGAUUACUUUGAUUGUAAUAAAGAGAUGGGGUACAAAGAUAUAUACGAUCACGUGGAAUCCCAACAUUACGAAAAUCUAUUAGAAUUGGACACAGUUACCAUGCCAUUCUAUAGACAGGAAAAUAAUCCUCUGGAAACCAACAUCGAUGAUUGUUUCAUCAUCAAACAUGAUUCGUUGCUGUUCAAAGUCCAUUUUACUUUUAUGGAUGAAAGUUUUAUGUUUGCUGGGCAGUUCAUUGGACCUUCGGGGGAGAGUACCAAGUAUCAUUUCGAAGUAGAAAUUUACGAUACUUAUGGACAUGAUUGCAGAGCUCUCAUGUCAAAACCUUGCGGUCCUAUGACUGGUAAUGAGACUGCUUUCGAUGAUGAUAGAUACAAUGUCAUUUUUAGUUACGAUCAACUUGAACAUUUUAUUAAUAAACAAUUUACUUUUACUAUUAGAAUUAUUGAAAUUUGAAUAUUUAUAUAUUUGGUCAACAAUUUUUACCUUUUUUUUAAUAAAAUACACAUCAUAAUCGUCUCUUAUUUUUUCCCAAAAUCCUUAUAUUGACUUGAACGAUUGGAAUCAGGCCGACUGUAUUGGUAAUACCACUACUCCCGCAUAAAAAAACUUUUUUUGAUUAAUAUAUAUCUAAUAAUAUCUACUUUAUUGAUGACAUAAAUACAUCUUUAUAGAAACAGCUGUU